UAGCUCCCCUCUUCUCUGCCAAACCUUUUUCGCAUCUACCUUUACCAGUGACCCAUCUAUGCUGGCCCUCUCCUCACUAAAGUCCAUUGUCUCUCACUGAAAGCUGAACUUUCUUUGAUCAACAGGACUCCGCGCUGUGUUGCGCUCCCUCUCCUCCUCCCCCGUCGCCAUCCGCCACCUCUUUCACAUCGACUUAACUCGUCUUCGUAGAGAUCCCUCCAAACAUGGCCGACUACGAUGACUACGAUGACGAAUACUAUGAAGAGGACGAUAGUUUGAUUACGGCGGAGGAUUGCUGGGCAGUCAUCACCUCGUUUUUCGACACCAAAGGUCUUGUCUCACAGCAGCUCGACUCUUACGAUGAGUUCACGCGGAAUACUAUCCAGGAUAUUGUUAGAGAGAAUGGGCACGUAAUUCUCGAGCAGAAUACGCCCUACAACCCAGAAGAGGAAGAGAAUCCAAUCGUCAAGAGGCGCUAUGAGAUUACCUUCGGUCGAGUCUAUCUGGCUCGGCCCACCCACACCGAAGGCGACGGAACCACACAACAGCUAUUUCCUCACGAGGCGCGACUGCGCAAUCUCACAUACUCCGGCGCCAUGAUGGCUGACAUCGACAAUCGGAUAAUGGUCGCCCGAGAAGCGCCUGUCAGCGCCGAGGGAGAUGUGGAUAUGGAAGGCAAUACCGGGGGAGCUACGCGUAUCGAGUGGACACGUGAAGAUGAGCCCCAAAUUCUCCAGCCCGGUGAAGAGGCUAGGGUUUUUAUUGGAAAACUCCCGGUUAUGCUCCGGUCUGAGCUCUGUCAUCUGCGCUCUCAGACCGACGAGGCGCUCUUUGGCCUUAACGAGUGCCCUUAUGACCAGGGCGGAUACUUUGUCAUCAACGGUAGCGAGAAAGUCCUGAUCGCCCAGGAGCGAAGCGCUGCCAAUAUCGUGCAGGUGUUCCGAAAGAAACAGGGACCCAUUCCAUGGACCGCCGAAAUUCGUAGUGCUGUCGAGAAAGGAACUCGUCUUAUCUCCUCCUUCAACAUCAAGUGGGCCGAAAACUCGCUUGUCUUGAAGCGCACACCUGGUCCCUUCGCUUACGCCAUGCUUCCAUAUAUCAAGGCAGAUGUCCCUAUGUCGGUUGUCUUCCGCGCCCUUGGCAUCGUCUCUGAUGAGGAUAUUCUGAACCACAUUGUGUACGAUAGGAACGAUACUCAGAUGCUCGAACUACUGAAGCCGAGUAUUGAAGAGGGUGCCAUGAUCCAAGAUCGUGAAAACGCGUUGGACUGGAUUGCCAAACGAGGUAACACGACAGGGACAAAAGACAGGCGUCUCAAGUUUGCAAGAGAUAUUAUGCAGCGUGAGUUCCUGCCACACAUUUCUCAAAAGGAGGGGCAAGACACCAGGAAGGCUUUCUUCUUUGGCUACAUGAUCCACCGUCUCCUACAGUGCGUGCUCGGCCGCCGAGACGAAGAUGACCGUGAUCAUUUCGGCAAGAAGCGUUUGGAUCUCGCUGGGCCUUUAAUCGCGAACUUGUUCCGAGUUCUAUUCCUCAAGCUUACUAAAGACGUCUACAAAUACCUCCAGAAGUGCGUGGAGAACAACCAGGACUUCAACGUCCAGAUGGCGGUAAAGGCUAGCGUCAUAACCAAUGGUCUCAAGUACUCGCUCGCGACUGGAAACUGGGGUGAUCAGAAGAAGGCUGCUUCGGCUAAGGCUGGUGUCUCGCAGGUGUUGAAUCGGUAUACGUACGCGUCGACAUUGUCGCAUCUUCGUCGAACCAACACUCCUGUCGGUCGUGAUGGCAAGCUUGCCAAACCGCGCCAGCUGCACAACACUCAUUGGGGCUUGGUGUGUCCUGCCGAAACUCCAGAAGGACAGGCUUGUGGCUUAGUCAAGAAUCUCUCGCUGAUGUGCUACGUAAGUGUUGGUAGCGAGAGCACACCCAUCACAGAUUUCAUGAGCCAGCGGAACAUGGAACUACUGGAAGAGUACGAUCCUGUCCAGAACCCCGCCGCUACUAAAGUGUUCGUCAACGGUGUCUGGGUUGGUGUGCACUCGCAGCCAUCACAGCUCGUCUCGGUCGUGCAGGAGCUCCGCCGGAAUGGAACAUUGUCCUACGAGAUGAGUCUCAUUCGCGAUAUCCGAGAUCGAGAAUUCAAGAUCUUCACAGAUGCCGGCCGAGUCAUGCGGCCGUUGUUUGUCGUUGAGACAGACUAUAAGAAACCUAAUCGUGGAAGUCUAAUACUAGACAAGGCGAAAAUUCAGAAGCUUCUCAAGGACAAAGAAAUCGACACUUCCGGGUACAGCGAUGAGGAGGCCGCACAAAUGAAGUACGGCUGGAGAGGUCUCAUCCACGAUGGUGUCGUCGAAUACCUUGACGCCGAAGAGGAAGAAUCUGCCAUGAUCAUUAUGACCCCCGAAGAUCUGGAAGACCACCAGAACCUCAUGUCUGGUAACCCUACGUCUGAAGACACCACGACCGAUCACCACAAGCGUAUCAAGCCUAAGCCCAAUCCUUCAGUGAAGACUUAUACGCAUUGCGAGAUUCAUCCCAGUAUGAUCCUUGGUAUCUGCGCUAGCAUCAUCCCCUUCCCCGAUCAUAAUCAGUCUCCUCGUAAUACAUACCAAUCUGCUAUGGGUAAACAAGCCAUGGGCGUUGCGCUUACCAAUUACGCUCUCCGAAUGGAAACCAUGAUGAACGUCCUAUACUACCCUCAGAAGCCGCUGGCUACUACUCGAUCUAUGGAAUAUCUCAAAUUCCGUGAGCUUCCUGCCGGGCAAAAUGCUAUCGUGGCUAUUGCUUGUUACUCUGGGUACAAUCAGGAAGAUUCCGUCAUCAUGAAUCAAAGCAGCAUUGAUCGAGGUCUCUUCAGGAGUUUAUUCUACCGCGCGUACACGGAACAAGAGAAACGGAUCGGAGUCAAUGUUUUGGAACAGUUCGAGAAACCGACACGGGCUGACACGCUGAGGCUGAAGGGCGGUACCUACGACAAGCUCGACGAUGAUGGUGUCGUUGCUCCCGGUGUCCGUGUGUCUGGGGACGAUAUAAUCAUCGGAAAGACGGCUCCCAUCCCAACAGACGCAAAGGAACUCGGUCAGAAGACCGCAAUGCAUACAAAGCGUGAUGUCUCAACUCCGCUCAGGAGUACUGAGAAUGGUAUCGUCGAUCAAGUCCUUUUCACAACGAACACAGAAGGUCUCCGCUUUGUCAAAGUCCGCACUCGAACGACGAAGGUCCCCCAAAUCGGCGACAAAUUCGCCUCUCGUCACGGCCAGAAAGGUACUAUCGGUAUCACAUACAAGCAAGAAGACAUGCCUUUCACCCGUGAAGGUCUAACACCCGAUCUUAUCAUUAACCCGCACGCCAUUCCAUCCCGUAUGACUAUUGCUCAUUUAGUCGAGUGCUUACUCUCCAAAGUCGGGUCCCUUCGCGGCUGCGAAGGUGAUGCAACCCCAUUCACCGACGUCACUGUCGAGGGUGUCUCCAAGCUCCUCCGCGAACACGGCUACCAAUCCCGUGGCUUUGAGGUUAUGUACAACGGGCACACUGGCAAGAAACUCCGCGCACAAAUCUUCCUAGGACCAACAUAUUAUCAGCGCCUUAGGCAUAUGGUGGAUGACAAGAUUCACGCCCGUGCACGAGGCCCGUUACAGAUUCUGACAAGACAGCCGGUUGAGGGUAGGGCAAGAGAUGGUGGUCUGCGUUUCGGAGAGAUGGAGCGCGAUUGUAUGAUUGCGCACGGUGCGGCUGCUUUCCUCAAGGAGAGGCUAUUCGAAGUCAGUGAUGCGUAUACGGUACAUGUGUGCGAUAUUUGCGGGUUGAUGAGUCCGAUUGCGCAAAUCCGGAAGGGCCAGUACGAGUGCAGGCCGUGUCACAACAAGACCAAAAUCUCUCAAAUACAGAUCCCGUACGCCGCCAAGCUGCUUUUCCAAGAGCUGAUGAGUAUGAAUAUUGCGUCGCGUAUGUUCACUACAAGGACUGGGAUUAGCGUGAGAGAUUAAAACCACAACCCCAACUCCCUUUAGCAGACUCCUCGCCAACAAUGCUCUAAAGAAAAGGAAAAAGAAAAGCAAUGUUUGAGGUAUCUUACCACAUAUAUCCCUAAAACCAAAAGAACCAACCAUACACCUCCCAAAUCUUAAUGGUUUCCACCCAAAGCAGCCUCUUU